AUGGACCAUUGUGCAGAACACAAGGACCUUUCCGUCACCGAGACGGUCCGUGAAACGGCCAGCGAUGAGUAUUCCAAUGACACCCUAGACCACCCGGACACGCUGGAGCUCUCCCGGAUCAAUACCUAUCGGCUUCAGCAACGGGCGACAGUGGGAUCAACGAGGGGCCCUCUCCCAAGAGAAAAAUGGCUCCCGAUGGGCGCAGGGAAGGAGUAUCCGCCGUCACUCCCAGAUCCCGAAACGUUUGUGGUGGAAUUCGACGGUGCCGACGAUCCUCUACAUCCAUAUAAUUGGACGCUACUGCGGAGGAUAUGUCUCGUAUGCAUCCUCUGUUUCGGCACGUUUGUCGGAUCCUUCACGAGUGCCGUGUUCUCCGCCGCCAUCGGCCCGAUUAGCGAAGAGUUUCAUAUUGCACGGGAGAUCGCGUCGCUGGGAGUGACCCUGUUCGUCCUCGGAUUUGCCGCGGGGCCGACGAUCUGGGCCCCGGCAUCAGAGUUGAUCGGACGGCGCUGGCCGCUGUCGAUUGGAAUCUUCGGCUGCGGCAUCUUCACGGUGGCCUGCGCUACUGCCAACGAUGUGCAGACAAUCAUGCUUACGCGCUUUUUUGCGGGACUCUUUGCUGCUAGCCCUAUCUCAAUCGUCCCCGCCGUGUUUGCGGACCUAUUUCCGACUGCGCAGCGCGGCAUUGUCAUGUCCAUAUUUUGCAUGGCCGUUUUCAUUGGCCCAUUCGCGGCUCCUUUUGUGGGCGGCUUUAUUGUUAUGAGCGACCUUGGCUGGCGGUGGACGAUGUAUAUCUCCGCCAUCAUGGUCUUUCUCGGCUUCCUUCUGGUCCUGGUCGGGCUGGACGAAACCUAUGCGCCGGUGAUAUUGGUGCGCAAGGCGGCGGUCCUGCGUCGCCAGACUCACAACUGGGGAAUCCACGCCAAGCAGGACGAAGUUGAGGUGGAAUUCAUGGAGCUCGUUCGAAACAACUUCACCCGACCACUGACCAUGCUGGUAACGGAGCCAAUUUUGCUCCUGGUUUCGCUGUAUAUCUCCUUCAUCUACGGACUCAUCUAUGCCCUCCUGGGCGCAUACCCGGUUGUCUUCCAGGGCGUAUAUGGCAUGACCAUGGGAGUUGCUGGCUUGGCUUUCAUCGGGAUCAUUAUUGGCGAACUUCUCGGGGGAGUGUAUAUCCUGACACUGCAGGGGUCGUAUAUACGCAAGCUUGACGCUAAUGACGGCCAGCCUGUUCCGGAAUGGCGCCUCACACCGGCUGUCGUCGGAGCAGUAGCCUUUGCUAUUGGAAUGUUCUGGUUCGGAUGGACAGGGUAUACUGCUUCGAUCCACUGGCUGGCCCCUGUUGCGUCCGGUGUGUUGACUGGAUUCGGUAUCUUCUGCAUCUUCCUCCAAUGUUUCAAUUAUAUCGUCGACUGCUACCCUACCUUGGCUGCUUCCACCAUUGCCGCGAAUACUAUCCUCCGCUCUGCAGUUGGGUGCGCCUUUCCUCUGUUUUCCCAUCAAAUGAUGGAGAACCUGGGGGUUCAGUGGGCUGGUACCAUGCUUGGGUGUCUAGCCGUGCUUAUGAUCCCGAUCCCGGUUGGGUUCAAGGUUUACGGACCGUGGCUGCGACAAAAGAGUAGACUUGCUGGUGCAUCAGUGCUGACUCCCGAGAAGCAAGGCGUGGUAUGA